UCCACUUUUCUCCUCAGUCCUGACUUUCACACUUCAACACUGCCACUCAAAAUUGUAAAGAUGUCAAGCUCUCAGUGCUUUGAGAACCCACCAACUCUGAGCUCAACCUGUGGAGCAGGGACAGUCCAAGAAUUUGGAGGCCUUCAAACCUAUAUCACUGGCUCUCCAGAUUCCAAGCUUGCCAUCCUUCUCAUUUCCGAUGUUUUUGGGUAUGAAGCACCCAAUUUAAGGAAACUUGCGGACAAAGUUGCGUCAGCUGGAUAUUUGGUGGUAGUUCCUGAUUUUUUUUAUGGGGACCCUAUUAUUAAUUUUAAUGACCCUACAUUUGAUCGAGACUCAUGGCGAAAAACUCACAACACGGAUAAAGGAUAUGAAGAUGCCAAACCUGUGCUUACGGCUCUGAAGAGUAGAGGAGUUUCUGCCAUAGGGGCUGCAGGUUUUUGCUGGGGAGGGAAGGUAGUAGCGAAAUUAGCAAGUUCUACUGACAUUCAGGCUGCUGUCGUGUUACAUCCUGGAAAGAUCACGGAAGAUGAAAUUGAUGAUGUUAAGGUUCCUAUUGCUAUAUUGGGAGCUGAGAUUGACCAUACUUCCCCACCUGAACAAUUGAAAGAGUUUGGAAAGAAGUUGUCAGAAAAAUCUGAGUUUGAUAGCUUUGUGAAAAUAUUCCCUGGUGUGGCUCAUGGAUGGUCAGUGAGGUACAAUCUUGAGGAUGAGUCAGCCGUCAAGAGUGCAGAAGAGGCCCAAUUGGACAUGUUAAAUUGGUUUACCAAGUAUGUCAAGUGAAAAUUGUUUAUACAUGAAAGUGAACUCUCUGGGUUUGAACGUGCUUGUAAGGCAAUGUGCCUAGAAGACUAAUUUUCCAUGUAUUGUAUGCAGAAAUCAGCAUCCUUGUUUCUGAAAUUUGGUGAUAAUUACAUACUCAUGGAUGAUUAUUUUACUAAUGAUAUUAUUUUCAAUUAGUACAA